AUGCCGGUCUGGCGCACAGUCCCCAAGCUUGUCCCCUUCCGGUUGGCCGGCAUCACCCCACCCGAAAUCAUCAAGCGAGAAACGGCCCGGGCCGCGGCAGGGCUCCAUACCCUCCCGGCCCACCGCCCGCUUACCCAACGCUUGCGCACGCCCAUCCUCAACUCUUCCUCCAGACACAAUCUGGCAUCGAGCGAAUCCCUACAGCCUCCACAAGUACAACAUGGACUUCCAGUAUCGCUACCUCCGGGGUCCCCCGAUUUCCUCCAAAAUGAGCGACAGGUCUCCUGA